AUGUUUACGACGAAGCCUUUUCUUCGGGCCACGGCCUGUUCCGUGCCGUUUCGCAGUGUGCGGGCGUUUGGCAGCACGGGCAUAGUCCUUGACAAGAAGCUAGUGCCAGUUCCAUCUCUGGCAGACAUCGAGCCUGAGAACACGGCUCAGUUUAACAGCAAGCAAAGGGCCUUCCGAGAGCAUCUUAUGCAGGCUCAGAAGGCCAGCGAUGCGAGUGCGUUGUCCUCUGCAUCUUCUUCUGCUACGGAGACAAACGGUUCUGCCGCUUCUGCAAAGGGCUUAGGCUCACUGAGUACUGCUAAAGGAAGCGCCACCGGGGCCUCUGACACGGCCUCCGGCCGCAAACAGGGCCCAAUCUCCAACUUGAUCUACGGCACCAAAGAGGGACGCGAGCUUGACGCGCAGAUUGAGGCUAGCUUCAGUCAGCUACUGGCGCGAGGAAAGUAUAUGCACUCCAUCAUACUCCAUUUCCUGGUGAAGCCAGACAAGGUGGAAGAGUAUGUGCAAUUGAUCGGAAAGUGGUAUCCCAAGAUCGCCAGCAUACCAGAAAAUAAGGUGCAUCUGGUUGGAAGCUGGCGCACUGAAGUUGGCGAUUGCGACACGUUUGUACACGUCUGGGAAUACCAGAAAUACGAGGGCUACCAUUCGUCGAUCAAGUCGGUGUCUCGCCAUCCUGACUUCCCCGAAUUCGACCGUACACUCAGGACGCUCAUCAACUCGGAGAAGACCUCUCUGAUGCAGGAAUUUUCCUUCUGGCCCACGACGCCGCCGCGACAGCUGGGCGGUAUCUUUGAGCUUCGAUCCUACACGCUCCACCCGGGCAACCUGUUGGAGUGGGAGACGCACUGGCGGCGUGGACUCACGGCCAGGCGGGAAGUCAUGGAGGGCGUGGGAGCUUGGUUUGUCCAGAUCGGGGAGCUCAAUACCGUCCAUCAUCUCUGGCAGUUUGCCAAUCUAGAAGAGCGCAAGAAGCGACGGGAGCAAAGCUGGGAAAUUGAGGGAUGGAGCAAUACGGUGCACAAGACCGUGCCUCUUAUACAGUCGAUGAAGUCACGCAUCUUGGUCCCAAUGCCCUGGUCGCCCGUGUCUUGA